CGACUGUCUGCCGACUCCCAAUACAGUAGAGACGUGGGGGCUUUCCGACUGUCUACAAUGGACGAGGGGAAUGUCUUGCCUGAUUUGAAGGAUAUAGAGGCCAAGUUGGGUCUGAAGGUCCCGGAUAGUCUCAUUCGCUCUUUUGCCGGAGGAAAGCAUCACGACAAGUCGCCGGCGCCGCAUUUAGCCAACUGCAAAUUACAUGCUAACAACGCGGACUUGAAAAGACUGGAGACCAAAAUGCUAUUCCUAAAACAAGAAAUGGCACAUCUACGGGCCAUCGACGUGAAGUUGAUGCAGCAACUUAUGUCAAUCAACGAGGGCAUCGAGUCCAUCCGUUGGAUGAUAGAAGACAGAGGUGGCGUGGCGAGCCAAGAGGGCAGCCUGACGGGCAGCCUGUACAGCCUGUCGGACAGCCAGGACGGUACCUCGCUGCGCGGCAGCUUCAACAGCUUGAAUGAUGGUAACAGCAGCGGGCUGGAUGGUCUGUCUGUGGGUAGCUACUUGGACACUCUAGCAGAGGACUUCCCGGAUGACCCCUCACCUACGGAUCUCGACUGUUUUGUGGAGAAAACUGUUAUUGAUGGGGACGCUUUCAGCAAAUCGCCACUGAAAGUUCGAGUGGAAUCAGAUGAAUACUACUGCUUCGGAUAAUAACAAUAAGCUAAACACAGUUCCUAUUGAGAUAUUCCGUGAAGAAAGAUUUAAAAAUGUGGUUCUUCACUUUGAUAAACACCGCUGUCUGGUUUCCUCCUACAUGCUUUACAUUUGACUCAUAAUAGCGACAGCCAAGGUGUUGGCGAUACCAAAUGACUGUUACUCACUGUGUAACUAGCUUCCUUUUAAUUGCAGAUUGAACACACACCUCAUCAAACCGUUGCCACUUAAUGCCACACCAACUGCAAGUGAAAACAUCUUAAAAACUCUUAACUUCUUAGUAUUUUAUCAUGCAGGUCAAUUCAAUUACAACAAAAGGUGCUCUAUUAUGGUUUAAAUAUUGUAUUUAUUGUGGCGUUAUCCAAUACCUCAGCACAGUUAAAAUACUUCUUAGUCUAAAAUUGCUGAAGAGGGUGUAAAU